AUGAGCGGGGACGGGUCAAGUGCGAGAGAUCCUGGGGUGCGGGGAGAAGAAGCGGAGCUGAAAGGCUCGAGUAGUCCACAAGACUCCGGUGCCAAAGUGGGAGAGGCAAGCACGCUGCACCAAGUGGAUCAGCCUAUAACGAUGGUCGCUGGGGUGGGAGGGAUCGACAACAACGAGAACGAGGAGGAAGAUCAUCACGAUGAGGUGCUUGCUGCUCAUCGAGAGAUCGUUCAAGAGGAUCAGGAAUGGGAGAAAAAUUGGCUAGACUUCCUCGACAAGAAGGGGAUCCCCCACCCGCUGAAGAUACCGGGGUUGUGUGGGAAACCUGUAAGGCCCAUUCUCCUCUUCCAGGAAGUUCUGAAACAUGGUGGGAUUAAGAUGUGCCUGAAAAAAAAGGUGAUGAAGCAAGUUGUGAGUUCCAUUCAGACUGGUACGAACAACGAGAAUUUCAGAUCCACAGUUCAUAGAAUGAAACGAUUUUAUUGGCGAUACUUGUAUGACUUAGAAUUGAAACACCGGAACUGCAAGAACGAAAAGGAGGAUGGCGACGAAGGGCCGGGAUUUAGCCCGCAGAAGUUGAAGGACGAGAACCAUGGCAGCAGCAGCAUGGAUCAAGAUUCGAAUGCUGCUGAGCACAAGGUCAAGCGAUGCACAAGGAUCCAGCCCCAAGAGGAUGCGGAAACAGAGUUGACCCCAGAGCGCCAAGAAUGGUUGCAGCAGUGGAGAGAUCACAUGAAGGUGUCCGGACAAAGCAGCGUCGUCCCCUACAUGGCUGGCAGGAAACUGGACAUCUUCCAGCUUCAUGGGAUCGUGACGAACAUGGGGGGGAUGGACGAAGUGACGAAGAACCGAAGGUGGCGAGAGGUGUGCAGGAUUAUGAACCUUCCGGAGAGCGCCAGCGGGACGCUGAAGUUCCACUAUUUCCGUCUUCUGUUUCGCUUCCAUGGCGCCGUCCAUGAGGCUGACAACGAGACUGACGCAGUACUGGACGAGUCUGUGCUAGAGGAUGAGAGCUGGAACGAUGGUAUGCCCGAUACGAACUUCCUCCUUCAGUCAUGUGUGAACAAGUCUCGGAAGCUCACAAAGGACGGGAAAUCUUUAGAGGAGCAGGUGGACAAAAUCUUGUGUUUGAUCGAGUCGCUUCCUCAAAAUGAUUUCUCAUACUCCGACACGUUAGUGGAGAUGUACUCAAGGGAUUUGAAUGUGGUGGAUCAGAGCAAUGUCGGCCAGACUUCAGCUUCUUUCCUGGCAAAAUUCCAUGAGUUUGAGGAAUUCUCCAACGUGUUGGGACGGAAGACAAGUCAGUUGAAGAAGAAGGUAGAGAAAGAAGUCCAGGAGUUCCAGAAGGGGGGUGAGAAAAGAUGUCAGGCGUCAGCUCCAGGGUCGUCGGGACGGAGCCAAGAGAGCGAAGGGUCCAACAAGCGCGAGAUGAUCCCUCUGUUCAGAGAUGGGCCGAACUUGUACUGUGAAGGGGACUGUGUGAUCCUCAAUUCGGAGGGUUCAGAUACUCCGUUCAUAGCACAGCUCCUCGCGUACGACAGGAAGAGCGACUUCCUUCAUGUCAGGUGGCUCUACAAGUGCGAGGAGGUGCAGAAGACAAACAGGAGUGCCCUCUACCACUACCGAAAACGGCACGUUCCCGACCAUGAUGUAGCCUACACCAAACCAGCUUGGAAUGCAGAGCACGAAGUUUUCUUCUCUUUGCACAUGGAUAAGGACGUUCACCGCAACACCGUUCUCGGGCUGGUCACCGUGUACUUCACCGAGGGGAACCCGAUCGACCCGCACAAGUACCUGCGGUCGGGGGAGUACUACUGCCGAGCCGUCUGGGACCCGUCGGAGGAGCACGUCUUCCACUUCAGCGAGAACGAUUUCAAGGAGAGCAUGCGGACAGCGAUAGACGAGGAGCUGGUUUUCAGCCCCUACCCCUACCCCCUCACCUCCUCCUUCUCCUCCAUCUUUGGGCACGACGAGACGGGCGAGGCGGACACGAUGAGCAGCUCGAUGCGCUACCUGCACUCCAAUUCUGAGGUGAAGGAUGAAUGGCUGAAGGAGGCCGGGGCCCAAGUCAGCGAGCGCGUGCUGGAAUGUGUUCAACACCGCAAGUACCGCAGGGUUGAGGUGAGAGCGAUCGCCAAGGCCAUGGCCAUGGAGGACGAGCUGGAUGACUGUUGCUUCUCCUCGGAGGAUGAGGCCGCCUUCGUGGACAAGAAAACAUCGCGCUGCCCGCCCGCGGGCUGCGUCUUUGACUCGGUCCCCUCUGGGCACACUCCUCAACCCAAACCUAAGGUGCAGGAAAGGUGGAAGGCUCUGGAGUCCUCUGAGCCUUCCAUGUGCACUGACUUCGACGCCUGGCACGAGACCAUGAGGCAGAUGUGGAACGCCAUGCUGGAGAGGAAAGGAGCCAGGAGGGAGCCGCCCAAGGUCACUAGACCUCAACGACUCUCCUCCACCUCUCGCCGGCCCCCGACCUUGGAGUCUCAUGACUCGCAGGUGGACAGUCGGUGCCUUGAGCUGGUGGCUUCGUUCGACGCCCAGAGAUUCGCGCUUACGGUUGACAAGAAGGCAAUGGACCAGCUGCCGCCCGGCUGGGAUCUCAGGGUUGACAACCCCAUCUUCAGCCCAGGUGGCCCCUUGCCUGCCACGUCCUUCAACUCCCCCGAGGGAGAGAGCUUUGACUCCCUCACUGCUCUAAUGCGGAAGUUCCACAAGAGUGCCGAGCAGGGAGCCCACAAGCAGCAGGUCAGCCAGCUCGUCGCCCCAUUCCUAAGGGUCCAGAUGAGCAUGGCUACCACGGAGCUGUAUGAUGGGAGCCAGCCCGGGGUCCGAUCGCUCUUUGAAACUCUCACGCGGCGCUGCGAGGGGGAGGAGGAGAGCGGGAGGGACACUUUGGAUUCCCUUGUUGACAUAAUCCAGCAGCUGAAGGCUAGGAAGACCUCCCUGGAGGAAUCCUGCAGAGACGCGCAGAGUCUGCACGGUGAGCUCCUGUGCAGGAACAGGCAGCUCAAGGAAAGCAUGUCGCUUCCUCGCACGAAGUUCGUCUUUCAAGAGAAGCAGAUAGGAGAAUCGUGCAAGAUGAAGCAGCCCGAGUAUCAUCUCAAGACGCUGAGUGAUGGAAGAACCGUCAAGGUGUAUCAUUCCCCGUUGCGGGCAGAGACGAGCAGAGAUCGACUGGUCACAUUGAGACAGCACAUACUCAACGGCAGGACAGCGAUAGAUGUUAAUGUUGACAAAUUCAAGCAAACGACCAGGUCACAGGAGCCCAAGGGGGAGAUGAAAGGCAGCGAAUACCCCAAGUUGAAGAAGCGACUCGUCCCGAAAGACAAGUCCAGCGAUGAUGACAGGGCCACAGAAAUGCUGGAUGCUGUCAAUUCGCCCGGGGGUGGCGAUGGAGCCGUUGCGGAUGACUCUGACUUCUUUCCCCUCCCAGCAGAAUCCUUGGGGGAUCGGAUCCGAAGGAGGGUCUUCCACGAGGCUUCCUCCUCCUACAAGACGAUCGAGGGAAAGAUCGUCGGAGUUCUGCCAUCGAAACUCUCCGGAUUUCGUGAUUCCCACACGGGAAAGCCAGCAGCUCUAUGGAGGAUUCGAUACGAUGAGGGGGAGCUGGCGGAAGACCUCGAGUUCCGGGAGGUCUUGGAAGGGAUCAUGGCGUAUAGAUUAGCGUCGUCGCCUUCGUCUGUGAAGGAGUUCAUCGACAAGAAGAUUCUCAGUGAUGCGGAUGACUCCGAAAAGCACGAGUGGGUUGGUAUGAGGGUGCGGCGGGCUGUGUUGGAUGAGAAUGAGAAGCCGCUGGGUUUUGCGGACGGUACCAUCAAGCAAUGCAUCUCGUACUCCGACACUUCCGCAGACAGUCAGGGCGCCAGGAUGUUCCGAGUCGUUUACGACAUUCCUGAGAUCGGGUGCGAAGAUUUGAAGGAGGAAGAGGCGAAGCAGGCGAUCGAAGCUUUUCUGAAGUUGCCUGACGCGAGGGCGGAUAGUUUUGCUCACAACGGUGACCUGUAUGUGGGUCGAAGGAUCAGAAGGAAAGGGUUUGUCAAGCUCGGAGUGGAUCAGGGGCAGGCUGACGGCUACGUGGCUGAGUGGCUGCAGAGCGACUUCUGUCGUCUUGGGAAGCGGAAGAAAUGCUCUUCAUGCUUGUGGAAAGUCGUUUACGACCGGAAAGAGCUGGAGUUUGACUACCUCAACGAGUUCCAGGUGAAGGAGGCCAUCAUGAUCCACGAGCUGGCGGAGGGGAAGCGGCCGGAGGACGGGACGGAGGACUGGUUCACGUUUGGAUGCAAGCACAUCGGGAAGAGGGUGCGGAGGAUAGUGGUGCUCGAGGGAAAGGAGAAGGCUCGCAAGGUCGACGGGACUGUACGAGGCUGGCUGCCUGCCACAGUCUCAAACUACUUCCGCAACGACGACCCGAGCGACCCCCGAGCGCUGUGGAGGGUAAAGUACGACGACGAGGAUAUCGGGGAGGAAGACCUCGAGCUGUCCGAGCUGGAGGAAGCGAUCGAGGUGUACCAUACCGACACCAUCGUGAAGCCCAACGGCCAAGAGAAAGAGGAGGAGCGCGCAGAUCUGACUGGUCAGAGAGUGAGGAAGUUCUUCGCUACCUCGCACGGAGAGCAAUCGGUGGAUGGGAUCGUCGCUGGACCGGUAAGGAAGGAAGCGAAGCCGACGGACUUCGGGGGGGAGGGAAGGAGCAAGUCUCCCUUGUGGACGGUCAAGUACGAGGACGGGUUCGGAACAGAACACCUCGAGGAGUCACAGGUGCUGAAGGCUGUUGAGCUUUUCAACCAGAAGGAUGCAACUGCAAAGGUUGAAGAGAAUGCAGAGGAUGCAGAAAAGCAGGAAGCAGCUGAAGAUAGCGAUACGCACGAGUGGUAUACAACAGGGAGCAGCUAUAUCGGGAAGAUGAUUCGCCGGUCGGUGACGGACUCCGAGGGCAACAACCCCAUGGAGUGCAACGCAGAGGUCAUCGCAUGGCUUCCGGCGAGCGAGUCAAACUUCUUCAUCGACGAUGACGUCACCAAGCCUGCGGCCCUGUGGAGAGUGCGAUUCCAGGAGCUCGGGUGUGCAGACUUGGAGGAGCACGAGAUCCUUGAGGGGUUGGAGCUGUACGAUCAAAAUCAAGAGCAAGAAGUGAAGCAGGACAAGGAAGAGAUGGCCAGUAACGACAGUCCAGAGAAAGGGAGCGAUCGGGAGGAGGGAAGCGAUAGCGAGAAAGAAGGGAACGACCAGGAGACGAGGAAGAGUCGACGUCAAGCGAAAAGGAAGAGCAGCCUGAGCAACGGAGAGGGAGCGAGCAAGGCUGAGGGAGCCAAGAGACUUAAGUCCGACUCAAGCAUGGUGGGGAAGGACGCUGCUAAAGAAGCGAAUGACGAGCUUCGGAGGUAUCUGUCGGUCGCGUUAGAUCAGCUGGAGGAUUGUAAGAAGAAUCUGGCUACUACAACCAAGAUCAAGAACAAGCUGUUGGCAGAUCUGAACAAGUGCAGGAAUGAUCUCAUGGAUGCUCAGUCCAGGGCAGAGAAGCUGCAAGAGCAGAACAACGAGGCUCAACGAAAGCUUACAACCAUGCACGCCUAUAUGCUGAAGUUGGAGAAGGUGUCAGCAUUGCUAGGAUGUAAACUUGCUCAUGAGUGCCCUGCGCAGGCCAACGAUGAGAUGUUCACUGCAUUGAAGGAGACUGAGAAAAACUUUCCGAUCGAGGUUUCAGCGGGAAAGGGGGAGCUUGAUAGUGCACAACGGAUGAAGGACCCCCCGCCUGUGCGUGCGAGCAGCAGCGAAGUUUUACCGACGAUUGUGGAGGAAGGCCAUGAAACUGAUGAGAGCGAAGGGAAGGAAGAGGAGGAGGGAGGAGGAGGCAAGAGCCUGCAGCAUGUGGCCAAGUUGAAGCGAGUCUUGAGAGAGUCGAGAGAUCGAGAGCUUGAGCUCUUUCAGAAGAAUCAGACUGCCCUGUCGGCGUGCCGGCAGAUGAUGUCGGACCUCAGGCUGUGGGUAGACGCGUUCCGAGGAAAGAGCCACCUGAUACAGGUUGUUCCACUCGUUCUCCUGCUCGAUCUUGUUGACUUGAAGGAAUUCAAGGGGGAGAGGGUGGAGGGAGCGAUGGACAGGGCUGGGGAUUUUGAGCACGUCAAAUCCUCGUUUGCUGCCCUUUGUGACGCGAUUGGGGGGAGUUUGGAUGAAGUCUGCAAUGCUGUUCAUGCCGUUGAAGACUCUUUGACUCGUCCAACCCCCGAGAAUCAUGAGAAAGGUCUCAAUCAAAUGGUGGUUGCGAGGACUGGCAAAUCAACAGCCCCAUCAGAACAAGGACGAAGCGUGGUACACCAUCAGUCCAAGAUCCACAAGGCUCGCGUCUUCUUUGCGUGGAGAGACUUCAAGUCUUCCCUUCGGCUCUCUGCAGAAAGACUUGAGAUGAGGCUGACCUGCAAGCCUUGCCGGCUCUACUUCUCCAGGUGGCAGACGUCGGUCGAUCUCGUCAAGGAGCGCCAGGCCGUCUUCUCGUCUGUUGACUUGCAGAGAGCCUUCACCGGCUGGCGAUGCUGGGAAGAGGCGCGGGCAAGCUCUCCCCUCCGGUGGGUCUGGAUGCUGCUGAGCAAGCAAGUCUCCAUCCUCCAUCACCGCAAGACUUGCGUGCAGACUCGCCUAUAUUAUCGGCUAUUGAGGACUGAGAAUGAGAUGCUGUCCAAGUUGCAGCUCAACAAGUCCAAGUUCUGCUUCGACAAGUGGCUGGCAACUGUCAGCAGGAAGCAGGUUGGGAGGAGGGCGGAGCAGGUGCGGGCGGGGCAAGCGAUCAUGAUCGUGUUCGGCCGAUGGAGGAAAGUCGCCAACGUGAUGGCGAGGAGCAGGGGGAGAGUCACGAGAGAAGAGGAGGAGAAGAUUGCGAGAGCCAAGGCCGCCGUCGUGAGCUCCUGGAGUUUCGUCACUCAGCUGCAUGCGGCGCAGAGGCAGAUGGAUGAGUUGUGGCUCCUCUCCUCCCGCUCCUUCCGAAGGAACGGCGUCCUCCUCCUCCUCGUCCUGCAGAGCUGGGCUCGCUGGUCCCGUCAGUCCUUCAUGCUCGCUGAGUGGGAAGAGGAGGCGACGAGGAUGCAGGAGACGAGGAGGAGGAGGACUGGGCAGGAGACUGUCCGCAGGUGGUUUGAACUGUCUAUGAUCUCCCGUGCGGCUUCCAAGAUGCUGGCGAGAAAUCUGCGAGCCAUGGCAGCAGAGCAUGUGCUUGCAUGGAGCGCCUGGGUGACAAAGAGCAAGUCGGCGAGAUCUUAUACUUCGUUUCGUACCCGCCGCUCCCUCCGAGUUAGGAUGGCGAGGUGGACGAGGUACAAGACGGUGAUGAAGAAGCUGAGGAGGAGGAGAGUCUUCCUAGCCAGCAGCAGAGACAUCAGCACGCAGCACCUCGUACUGUGUGCAUGGAGGAAGCAGGUGGAGGAGGCGUCGUGGAAGGCCUCGUCGCUGCUGUUCGCAUCCUCAGUUCACCGAAGGCUCCUCUGCUCCCGCUGCUUCCUCCUCUGGUCCUCCCAGCUCCUCUUCCACCUCAAGGCUCUCCUCCGGCUGCAGACUUGGUGGGCUGAGCACAAGCUGCUGCCGGAGAAGAGCGCCAGGGAGGGAGAGAAGGAGGAGGGAGAGAGCACGAUCCUGUCCGGCAACACAACGGCAGGCAAGUGGAUCAAGUCCAUGAGGGCACAGCAGGGGAAGCUCUCCCGAGCAGGAGGAGAGGAGGCAGAGGCUAGCAGGGAAGGAGGAGGAGGAGGAGGAGGCAAGAGACAGGAGCGCGCUAUCCUCAAGUCUCUCCUCAUUGGCUCCUUCACCCGCUGGGCGGACAUCUCCUUCCUCCGCGUUCACCGGCAGGCGCAGAUGCUCCUGUCCUUCUGCCGCGGCAACUUCGCGGACAGGGAGAAGACGAUGAGGACCGCUUUCCGCUCGUUCCUGCAGGACUCCAGCAUGCGCUCUGUGGCCUCUGUCUGGUCCCCUCCUGACCGGGGGUUCUCCCUGCUCCGCGAGGCUCCUCUUGACCUCUCCUACGACAUGGUCCCGCAGUCAGCCCGGGGGCAGGCGGAGGAGGCGAGGGGUGGCGAGGUCCUGUUGGACAAGGAGCUCCUGGAGCUCGAGAGCGACUGCUCGAAGCUGCAGAAGAUGCUAUCUUCUGAGCCAGCCGUGCCCAGCAGGACGAGGACGACUGAAGAGCUGCCUGCUCCCGCUCCUCCUCCUCCUCCUCCUGCUACGAUGCCUUCUCCUCCUCCUUCUCCUCCUGGUGCUCAAGAUGGGAGGCUGAGGGACACAGAGGUGGAGCAGGUCAUCUCGACGCCGCGAGGAGGAGAGGAUCAGCGGCUCUCUCGUCUGGUGAGGAUCGCCAACGAAGUUUCUCCUCCCCCCGGGGCCUCGAGGCAGUCAAAAUCGCCAGCAUGGGAGCUCGCGAUCGAGGAAGAGAUCGCAGCACACAGGAGAACGGCGAUGCUGAGCGACAAGAAGGGCUCGAGGCUGACGGAAGUGGCCGAGGAAGCGAAGGAGGCGUCAGAAGGUGGGAGGUCGUCUUUGGCCAGGGCAGGACGAGCAGAGCAGGGAGAACAUGGUGGAGCAGGUGGUGUCUGUGGAGGGGAGAGAGGAGGAGAAGGUGGUGUAGGGGGGAAGCUGGAGGAGGCAGUGGUGCAGGAGGUUCAAGCACUCGAGGUCGAGCUCCGCAGCCUCUCCAAGGAACUCUUCACUCUCGUCCUCCCGAUAGCUUCCUCCUCCUCCAAAGCUUUCUUCAUGCGUGAAGUCGCAUGCUCCCGCAUCGACUCCUUCCUCUCUCGGCAGGGGGGCAUGUUCCACCGCCUCCUCCUCGAGCUCGGCUUCGCUCUCUGGCGGAUCUUCGUCCUCACCUCCGACACCUCCAACAGGGUCCGGGUCCUCUUCUCCCGCGAGCUUUCUCCCUCACUUUCCCUUCAUCGCUCCUCUCCGCUCGCCGGCAGGAACCUCCUGGUCCCUCGCGUCAGCUUCGGGGCCUUGGACGAGGGCAGGAGAGUGAGUGGAGGAAGCAUCGCAUGGGAGGACACUCGAGAGCCGACGCCGAGGAACGGAUGA